CGCAAUACCCGCGACGAUCAUUCGGCCGCAGCACCUCACACCGAACGGGUUGCUAGCGGAGUGCGAUCGUCGUGUUAACGCUUUCCCAGUCCCACAGUUUACCCUUUCUCCUCGAUCGAUCGUGCGGGCGUGACUGCCGUGUUUCUGUGUGUGUUUAAUGUACGUGAUCCUCAUCUUCCGUUCGCCUCCAUGCCAUCAAGCCGAUAACAGUGCCCUACCAACAGUGAACUAUAAACCACCGGCCCCGCGGGGGGUUUUUCGUGUCACGCGGAACGACCACGGAAGCAUUUAACACCAGGACGCGCCUUUAAACGGUGAAAAUAGGGUGCGUGCUUUAGUAAUUGAAAUUGAGCGUAACCGAAAACCGCUCCCCAUUCUGGGGGUAAGUGCGUGUCUAACGACGAACCGCGGCGGCCACCGGCAGUGUCGUGCCGCGCAUCUGGCGGGAAAGAAAGUGCCAAAAACGAAAAACGCAAAGUGACGAGCUCGUUUUUGUUUUUUUUUUUGUUCAAGUUUGUUUGUGGUGUGUGCAACGUGACUAACGACGCGAUCGAGACGAAAGUAAAAGUGUGGACCGAAAAUUUAAGUGAAGAAAGUGAAAAGGCGCAUUUCUCGAACGAAAAAAAAAGCAGCCAUUGGUUAGUUGGAUGUGUUAGGUCAUAGUGAGCCGUGACGCUCAUUAGUAGUUUCGUGACCCCCAAAAAAGGACUGUUGGGUGAACGUGAACGCGAGCAAGUUCUGCUUCCAAUCGUCGAGCUGCCACUGGUAGAACAACCACGGAAGCGAUAACAUGAAACUAUCCAGGCAUGCCGAUGGCAUGCAGAUACGGGCCCUACUGCGAAAGGAUUUCCUCGUCCGGAUACGACAACCAUGGAUGACGCUCAUUCAGUACCUUUGGCCGUGCAUGAUCUUCGUCGCACUGUAUGUCCUGAGAAACCGCUUCCAACCGACCGCAAUCGGUGACUGCCAGUUCCCUACGCGACACCUGCAGGCCAACGGUAUACUGCCCUUCUUCCAGUCCUACAUCUGUACCUUCGAGAACGAGUGUUCCGAUCCGAAGGCAUUCGCCGAGACGGAGGAAUUCAACGAUGCACCCGUCACACCGGUCGUUAACAUUGUGCAAACCUUCCUGGACAAUCAAGCUUUGUAUGAUGCCAUCGUGGACCUGCCGGUUGACCGGAACUUUAUCACCAGCGUUACCACGAUCGUAACGCACGGCAAAUUUAAGGAUAUCGAGCGUAACGGCGAUCGGUUGGUCAAGAUGUUGCCCACCAUCCGGCAGAAGGUUGGCGAAAACUUUGACAUCGAGCAGCUGUUCUCGGACGAUCGGACGUUCUCGAACUCGGGGAACAUUCUGUGCGGUCGACCGUUUCCGCGCAGCGAUAACAUCCGCUUCGUGGACAACAUUCUGUACACGCCCGACUACGCCGGUCCCGAUAAGGAUGAGCUGAGCGUUAUGCCGACGCCGUACUGCAAGCAGCUCUACCUGGACGUGACCAACACGAACAAUGGGAAGAUCACGUGGCGCUUUCUGAAACCGAUCCUGCAGGGCAAGAUACUGUACGGUCCGGCGAGCGAACGGAAUGACGAAAUUAUGAAAUUUGCUAACAAAACGUUCGCCGACAUGGGACGACUGAGGACGUUCUUCCGGUCGCUGGACACUACCUUGAAGCUGCUGCGCACCGAGGAGGACGUACGGGAAAGCUUCCAAUCGCUGAUCGAGCUGGCCAAGAGCCCGUUGGUGCAGAUGCUGACCGGUGGCAAUGUGAACAUGGAGCUGAUCGAGGGUAUCCUCAAUGGGAUCUUGAACGAUGAAUCGGUCGCCAAGGCGGUCAACACGAUUUCCAACAUAUUCGAUUGCUUCUCGGCCGAUCGUUUCAUCCCGGUACCGAACGAGAAGGUGCUGGAGGAUCGAGCGUUCGAGCUGAACCGCAAGAAGCUAUUCUUUGCCGCGGUUUUCUUCGAGAACGAUACGGCGCUUGGAGAGAAUGAGAUCUCGUACAAGAUUCGGAUGCGUACGGACGAUACACCGGUGACGAUUGAGGCUAGGAAUCGGUUUUGGUUCCCCGGGCCCGAAGCAAGCUUCGAGCUGGAUAUGCGAUACCAUCGAGGGUUUGUCCAGAUCCAGCAUGCGGUCGAUAUGGGUAUCAUAAGGCAGCAGAAGAAGCAUAAGUUUGAUCGUGAGCGAAGUGAGCCGAAUGAAGAAGCGUCGCUCUCUGGCACUGGUGAGCUGGAGCUAGACGACGAACUCGAUGGGGAUGAUGGCGAUGACGAGGAUGCUGAUGAUGAGCUCGAUGAUGAGACUGAUGCGGAUGGCGAUACUACUACGGUGGCCAGCGAGAAUGGUGCAACGAAGCCCGGUACUACCACCCCAAGCCCACAAACGACGACUGAAAACCUGGCACUACUGUUUACGGAUCUAAGCAAGCGUUUGAAUGUAUCCCAAGACGUACUAGAUCGCUUCGGUGGUGGAGCGGGAGCCAAUCGUACAGCUCUGGAUGAUUUCCUUGAUUUUAAAGAUGAAGAAGAAACGGAAACGGAGGCCAAUGAUGCAGCGACGACAACAGCGGGGGCCAUUUUGAGCCGAAAGAAGCGACAAUUCAACUUCCUAGAUCUCUUCCUGGGAGGCAAGAAAAAGGCCUCCGAUGAGGUGACGUACCGUGUGGCGGACGAGAAGUUCUAUACGAAGCAGUUCCCGUACCCGAAGUACACCAAAGAUGACUUCAAGAAGGGUAUCUACAUUGCCCAGAUAGUACAGAUGGCCUACUUCAUUGCGCUAAUUGUGCACGUCGCGUCGGCCGUUCAGCAGCGGAUCUGGAUGAAGGAGAGUGGCAACUCGAUGCUGAUGCGUGCGAUGGGCUUGAAGUCGGGCUCCGAAACCGUGGCCUGGACGGUCACUACGUUCAUCGAACUGAGCCUGGUGUUUCUGAUAGGGCUGAUCAUCCUGUACGAAGCUGACAUUCUCAUCUACUCGAGCCAAAUCUUUCUGUUCUGCUAUCUGGUCGUGUUCGGUGUUUGUCUGAUCGCAUUCUGUUACAUGUGUUCGAUGUUUUUCAAUUCAGCCAGCAUCGGUUCGGUGUCGAGCGUUAUUCUGUUUCUGAUAACCUUCCUACCGUACAUUCUUAUCAUCUCGCUCGGCACCACACUGUCGGCGGUCGGUAAAUUUUUCGCCAACCUGUCCUUUUCGACCGCCUUUUGCUAUGCCUGGCGGCACGUGAUGCGCAUGGAGUUGCAGAACCGUGGUGCCAGCUUUACGAAUGCCUUCCGGGGUGAUCUGGCAAACAAUGAUCUCAAGUACGGUAUCUUGAUGAUUCUGCUCGAUGCCGUUAUCUACUUUGCCAUCGGCUACCUGUACCAGUGGUUUAAGCAAGAUGAGACCACAUUCCAUACGGUGCGACGCAUUAGGCUGGACAAGAGUGUCGGUGCGGAUCUGCGCAACGUGGACGCAAGCUAUGAGAAGGGUGGAAAGAAGGUGCUGAGCGACGUUUCGAUAACAUUCCGGCGGGACGAGGUGACCUGUUUGCUGGGACGGAAUGGUGCUGGAAAGAGUACAAUCAUUAAACUCCUCACCGGUCAGGUGCUUCCGGACUCUGGCGAUGUACAUCUGCCGCUUGAUUACGAUUUCAUCUCCGGCAUCCGGAAUAACGCGGAAAAGAUUGGCCUUUGCCCGCAGAACGAUGUGCUGAUACCGAGCCUCACCGCCAAGGAGCACCUGCAACUGUACGCACGGAUUAAGCUGACGCGUGGCUUCGAUACGGAGGUUUCCCGUACGUUGGAAAAUCUUAAGAUGGGUCCGUACGCACACUACCGUGCGUCCGAUCUGUCCGGUGGUUUCAAGCGACGGCUAUGCAUUGCGAUCGCAUUCCUCGGAUCGCCCAACCUGGUGGUGCUGGAUGAACCGUGCAGCAGCGUGGACACCAAGGCACGGAAGUACAUUUGGGAGCUGAUUCAAACGUUGCGCCGUGAUCGAGCUGUUAUUUUGGCGACCCAUCAUCUGGAUGAGGCCGAGUGUCUAAGCGAUAAGAUUAUUAUGAUGGAGGAUGGUAAAGCAAUCUUGGAACAAUCGCAGGAAGACCUGAAGAAGCGGUUCACCAACACGAUCUAUCUGCGCAUUACGCUGAAACCCCAGCCCGAGGUGGAUCGUACGGCGACGGUAGCGGAGCUCAGCAAGCUGCUCGAUGGUUUGCCGGAUGUACGGUAUGAGAUGAGUGCGACCCUGAAUCAACUGGACUUCAAAAUUGCUUCCUCGACGAACGAUAGUCAGGUGUUGAACAUCGAACCACUGCUGGAACAUCUGCCACAGCUGCGAUCCGGCCGACAGAUCGAAUCGUUCGAUAUAAGAAACGAAAAUUUGCUCAACAUGUUCAACACCGUCAACGCUGGCGAUCCGCCGCAGAGCGAGAUUCAUCGCAAUGGAAACGGCACCAGCCAGCACGCGGUGAAUGGAUUCCACGGUCCAAAGACAAAGCCAAAGGCCCUCGGUACGGUGCCCAUGAUGGUGACCCUUUUCCGUAAGCGUUUGCUGCACUUCCUGCGCAACUACCGGCUGCUCGUGUGUCUGCUCGUACUACCGACAAUCUUUGAAAUCAUUGCCAUGGGUUUCAUGACGAUGCGACCACCGGGAGAGCACGAUCAGAUGGUAAACUUCUCGACCGCACUCUACCCGGGUGCAGCGGAGUUUUAUACCAACGCUAGCGAUCCCGAACCAUUCCGUGCUACGAUCGUCGAUGAGCUGCUGCAGCACUGUAACGGCACGACUGGUGAAUGUUUCACCUUCAACUCCUCACUGGAAGCGUACGAAUGGAUUCUGGCGACCAGCGAUGAGUUCACGGAACGCCGGUACGGUGGUGUGACGGUCAAUCGGGAGAAAAACAUCGUUUGGUACAACAACAAGGGUUACCACUCGAUGCCGACCUGGCUUAACCUGCUCGAUACGGCCGUUCUGCGGGCGGAACUGGACGAUCCGAGCAUUACGAUCCGCACCAUUAACCAUCCGCUGACGGUGGAGGAAGAUGAACUCUCCGUCUCAUCCAUGCUACAGCAGAUUGCGGAUGCGGGCAUUUCGCUGAUCAUGUUGCUAGCUUUCAGCAUGGUCAUCGCCGGUGCUUCGGUGUACAUCGUGAGUGAGCGUGUCCGGGGUGAAAAGUUACAGCAACGGCUGGCCGGAGUGAAUGUGCUGACAUACUGGACCGUGACCUACGUCUGGGAUGCACUGAUCUACCUCAUUGCACUCGGCCUAGCGGUGAUCGUGUUUAAAACGUUCGCGCUGCCGGCUUACGUUGCCCGGGAGCAACUCGAGGGCAUCUGUUUGCUGUUAGUGUUCUACGGUUUCGCAGCCAUUCCGGCGGUCCACCUGUUCGAGAAGCUCUUCACCGAUGCCAGCUUUGCGAAUAUGUCGAUCUUCUGCCUGAAUGUCAUCACCGCACUUGCCACGCUCACGAUCGUCAUACUGUUCGAUGUGAUCGGGGAUAGUGAUGAAUCGGAACGGAUCCGUAACCUGCUUAACCGGGCGUUCCUGGUGUUGCCGCAGCAUGCGCUGGCCGAUGGGUUGAUCGAACUGUCGAAGAACUAUAUAACGGCGGAGAUCUUCAAGCGGUAUUACAUCGAUUCGUACAAAUCCCCGCUGGGCAGUGAUCUGCUGCAGCCCCAUCUGAUUGCACUCGUGUCGAUGGGUGUAAUCUUUAUGCUGCUGAAUGUGGCCAUCGAGUACAAGUGGGUACAGAAGCUAGCUAACCGAGCGUUGCACGGAUCGGCGAAUGAAAAGGUGUACCAGCUGAAUGGUGUUGAGGCGAGCGGGGCACUGGAUCACAAUGGAACUGGCAGCAAGAAGAAAUCGCUGCCGGCCGAUCAGAUUCUUUCGGUGGAUCAGUUGAGGAAACGAUACGGUACUUGUGGUGGUGGUGGCGGUGGUAGUACCGGACAGGAGGUGGUUAAGAACGUUUCCUUCAAGUUGCACUACGGCGAGUGCUUUGGGUUGCUCGGAACGAAUGGUGCAGGCAAAUCGACGAUCUUUGCUAUUCUUUCAGGCGAGCUGCUACCGUCUGGUGGUAGCUUCACAUUCUACAGUCAGCACGGUCCAUCGUACUGUCCGCAAAACAAUUUCCUCGAUCCACUGCUCACGGUCGAGGAGGUGAUUGAGUUCUAUGGUCAGCUGCGUAAUGUCGAGUCGAUCGAGAAGCUGAUCACGGAAACGCUUAGCGAGUACCAUCUGGAGGUGUACCGGAAGGUGCUGGUGAAGAAUCUGAGUGGUGGCAAUCGGCGUAAGCUGUGUGUGGCCGUCGCUUGCUUCGGGCAGUCGGAGAUUAUCCUGAUGGAUGAACCGACGAGUGAUCUCGAUCCGGUUACGCGCUCUAUCGUGUACCGUACGAUCGAACGGUUGAAUGCACAGAACCGCUCCAUUCUGCUGACGUCACACAGCAUCUCGGAGAUCGAUCGUAUCUGUCAGCGAAUAGCGGUGCUGAGGGAUGGCCAUCUGCUUACGGUGGAUACGCCCGAUCGGUUAAAGGAACGCUUCGGUAAUUGCUACCAGGUGACACUUUACCUCGAGGGUGUACGUGAUGUCGAUUUCACAAGGGUGGUGAAGCGUGAAUUCAACGUAACCCGUGACAUUCUGCUACACAAUGGUUCCGUCCAGUUCGUGUGCCAGGUACGGGCGGAUGGUGGGCGUGAGGAAAAUGGAAAAUCACACAAAAACGGUCACGUUACGAUUAUGUUGGCCGAAAAUGGUAACGGUACUGCCACACCGGCCGGUGCUGUCCAGACGGCAAGCGAACUGUUCCUUAAGCUACAUCGAUUCGCCCGGGAGAACCAGUUACGGUACACGAUUUCACGGUGCCAGAUGGAUCAGAUUUUUGAAAACAUUCUCCAAAACCACGAUGAAGACCAUGCCAAUCCAGCGUUCGUGGAUAGCUAGACAGCGACAUUUGACAGCCUUCCGUAUGCGGCAGCAUGUACAUAGAUAUAAUGAUAAGCCCUUUUUUUUUAAAUGGAUCUUUUGAGAUAAUAAAUGGUAACAGUAAAC